AUGUCUCUAGAUACGCAUUGUAAUCAGUCGAAGAACGUUUGUCUAUCUUUGUUUCAUGAAGAUGAUAAUGACGGUGGUCCUCGCUUAACAAGAGAAUUAUCUUUAAGACUCCUCACCGCUCCCAACCUACACAGCGCUACAAGUCGGACUAGUAAUUCCGUUGCCACAUCUAAAACAUGUAUGGACAGUGCAACCCAUAUACACUUGUUUGCCACCAUAAUCGAAGACAUCUUAAUACAGCUCCGGAUCUUGGGUGAGUGCAAUAACGAAAUGCAUUUUUACAAAACGCAGUUUGUUAUGCAAGGAUUACUCGAAGAAAAGUUUGGUGUAGAGUCUUUUGACCACCAAGAUGAAUUGCUCGAAAUAGAUCCGAAGAAUCUUGAAAACGACGUUUACAAACUUCGUAAACAUGCUGCAGACAGAAAUACGUGUAUUACUGUUCUGACACAUACAUACUUGGGACUGACGAAGUACGGCACUUUUGAAGCUCUGGUGAACUAUAGACAAGAUGCUGAAGAUCGAAUGGACCACUUUCUGUUUCUAAUAGACGAGGAGGCAAGAAAUAAAGAAAUGCGCCGAAGUUUGAGAAGACAAGUCCGUCAGCAACGAAUCCGUAUAAAAUCAUGCAUUUACGAAACCAAUCAAAUUGUGGAUGAACUCAUAUCUAGACUUGAGGAUGAAACUGUUAAAAGAAGCACCCAAGAAAGGUACACCGAGAAAUGGGAGAGUUCACGAACUGAGCAAAACAACAAGCGUAUUCAAGAUAAGGAGGCAUCGUUCUCCAGUACCAUUACCAAGUACCAAAACAAAGCGGAUGAUGAGCAACGUGUUCAUUCAGAAGUGGAAAAUAUUAUUAACAUAACAGUCUAUGAGACACUAAGAAAAAUAGAGGAGUGCAUGUCCAAAUACGACAAAGAUAUGGAGGAUUUGGAAGUCAAGAUAACUACAAUGAGACUUAAUUACGAGAAGCAGGUGGAAAAAAGAAUUGAAUUGGAACAAAAGUUAGCUGAACAUGAUGUAGAAAUGAAGAACUUUAUCCAGUUCAAGGUAGAGCGUGAAAAAGUUCGUGCGUACCAAAGGAAGAUGGCAAAUGCUGCAAUCAUUGUGCAAGCUUGGUGGCGUGGCUUACUUGUACGACUAGAACUCGGCCCUUUCAAGCCAUCGUUACAGAAAAAGAAAAGAAACAAAAAGAAAAAGAAGUGA